AUGGCCCUUCUCGACAUCUUCGCGUCUUCUCGUCUUCUCGUCUCGUCUCCAUCGCGGCCACAAGAACCAGAAAACAGCAACAUCGCCGUCCAGCCGACGCGGAGCAAACGUCCAAAUCCGAGAGACGAAGAGGAGCACGAAGCUCCACUGCUCGUCACCCUCUCUAGUCGCUUCGAGAGAGGGCCCUCCUCCACCCAGACCAGGGACUUUUUCCUCGGCCCUGGUUCGUUCUGGCUAGUGGCGCGGUGGGUAGGAUCCAUGCGAAGUCUCGCGCUUGUCAGGAUGAGCCCUGGCACGGCGGAGACGGACACGGGCAGAGAAGCUUUCUCGAGGGAAAGUCGUUGGAAGACGUUGCAAGAGUCGAGGCAGAUGGCGACUACAGCGGCGGCGGCGGCGGCGGCGGAUGGCGACGACGUCAAGGACCCAAUCUGCCAGAAGAGGAACCUGAAGUUGGCGAUGCUGCCGUUCGUCCGCGAUGUCAGAUGGCGAUGGCCUCCUGGUUGCCUCUCCUGUCCUGUCCUGUCCUGCCUGGCUCGUAUGGGCAACAGGCAACUACUCGUGAACCGAGGCCGCGACUCUCUCUCUGUGACAAACGGCGACCAAGCUCCUUCUGGCUGCUAG